ACUGCUCUCUUUCUCUCUCUCUUUACACUAUUCUAAAUGUUUAUAGCGCUUGAAGAUUUUUCUAAGUGUGUGAGCCCUUAAAACAGACGCCUUUUCCUUCUCGAUUUCGUCCAUGGAAGUUGGUGUCUAACUGAAGUAUCAGAGCGACGAAUGAUCCGGGAGUUCUUGGCCGGCAAGGACCAUGCCGACCAUGCAGAUCUCCGCCGUCCUGCUCUUUUUAAGCUUCCUGAUUGGUCUGAGCUGCUCCCUGAGCCCAAGAGACCCGAAUGUGUGCAGCCUGUGGGAGAGCUUUACCACCUCAGUCAAAGAGUCCUACUCACAUCCUUAUGACCAAGUGACGGAGGAGCCCUGUUCGGACCCUCGGACUUCCUACAGAUGCAUGCGCCACAGGAUCACCUACAAGACGGCCUACAGGCAAGCAGUGAAGACAGACUAUCGCAAGAGGUACCAGUGCUGUCCAGGAUAUUACGAGAGCAGAGACAAAUGUGUCCCUCGCUGCACCAAGGAGUGUGUCCACGGUCGGUGUGUGGCUCCAGACCGUUGCCAGUGCGAGGGAGGCUGGCGUGGAGACGACUGUUCCAGCGCCUGUGAUGACAAACACUGGGGCCCAAGCUGCAGUCAACAGUGCAAGUGUGAGAACGGAGCUCUCUGCGAUCCUGUGAAGGGGGCGUGCCAGUGUCCUCCAGGGUUCAGAGGACGCUACUGCGAGGAGUCCUGUCCAGCAGGCACCUUCGGGAAGGGCUGUCUGCAGAGGUGCAAGUGUGGGACUGGAGGGUCCUGCAAUAUAUCAACAGGAGAGUGCAAAUGUCGGGUCGGAUUCACUGGGACAUUCUGUGAGGAGGCGUGUCACCGGAAAUGCCAGGCACGAUGCCCCUGCCAGAAUGGUGGCAUCUGUAAGGGCAUAGGGAUCUGCGACUGCCCCCAUGGAUGGACGGGCACAGUCUGUACGGAGCGAUGCCCGGAGGGAAGGUUUGGACAAAACUGUGCUGAGGAAUGUGUCUGCCACAACAGGGGCAAAUGUGACCCUGAAACUGGACAGUGCCAGUGUGCUAAAGGUUUCACUGGUAACAGGUGUAAUGAGGAGUGCGCUGCAGGAAGUUAUGGUCAGGACUGCAAAGGUGUGUGUGACUGUGCAAAUGGCGCUCGGUGCUACAACAUUGAUGGGGGCUGUCUGUGUGAGCCAGGCUUCAGUGGUCCACACUGCAGGGACAGGAUGUGUGCACACGGCAAAUACGGCAUGCACUGCGAACGCACAUGCCUCUGCCAGGACAAACACACACUCAGCUGCCAUCCAAUGAAAGGGGAGUGCACAUGCCAGCCAGGGUGGGCAGGACUCUACUGCAAUGAAACGUGCGCUCAUGGUUUCUACGGUCACGGUUGCCUGGAGCCGUGUCUGUGUGUGAAUGGAGGGGUGUGUGAUAGUGCCACUGGCCGAUGUCAGUGUGCCCCAGGGUUCACGGGGACUCACUGUGAGAAUCCAUGUAAAAGCGGCACCUAUGGCAAAAAUUGCUCUCUGGAGUGCUCCUGUGAAAACUUUAUUGACUGCUCACCAGUCGACGGGACGUGCUUCUGCAAAGAGGGCUGGCGAGGGCCAGACUGUUCCACCCCCUGCUCUGAGGGAACCUGGGGCCCAGGAUGCAACGCCACCUGCCACUGCACCAAUGGGGCAAAAUGUAACCCUGCAGAUGGAUCUUGCACCUGCACAGCCGGCUGGCAGGGGGCGCACUGUGACCAACCAUGCCCUAUGGGCACAUUUGGGCCAGGCUGCCUGAAGAGGUGUGAUUGUGUUCAUGCCGACGGCUGCCAAGCUGCCACCGGGGAGUGCCACUGUCUGCCAGGUUGGUCGGGUUCCCGCUGUCGUGAGCCGUGUUCAGAGGGCUUGUGGGGGCGCCACUGUAACCAGACCUGUUUCAAGCACUGUCCCAACAGUGACACAUGCUUGAGGGAAACUGGAGCAUGUGUGUGUCGUCCAGGCUACUGGGGAGUCACCUGCCAGAACAAAUGCAGAGCUGGUAUGUAUGGUGAGCAGUGCAGUAUGUCCUGCCCAUCCUGUGGACAGUCGUACCGCUGCCAUCAUGUGACAGGAGAGUGUGACUGCCUACCGGGAUACACUGGACACAACUGUGAUCAGGUUUGUCCAGCUGGCUACUACGGCAAACAGUGUGCUGAAGUGUGUGUUAAAUGUGCCAACAACUCCACAUGUGACCACCGGGACGGUCACUGUGAAUGUUUGCCUGGCUGGACUGCUACUGACUGCUCCAUACCCUGUAGUCCAGGACGUUUUGGCCCAUUCUGUACGCAGACCUGUUCCUGUCCGGCCAACCUCGUCUGUGACCGAUUUACUGGAGACUGCGUUUGUGAAAGUGGAGGAGAUGACUGCAAACAAGACUCGUCAGAGCAGUCAGGGAGUGUCAUGAUCCCUCUUCCUCCCGGUGAGAGGGAGUCGUGGGGGGCCAUAGGUGGCAUUGUCGUGCUCGUCAUCCUGGUGGUCUUGCUGCUGACUCUGCUGUUGCUGUACCGCCGCAGGCAGAAGGACAAGCAGAACAACACGCCAACCGUCUCCUUUUCCACCAGCCGCACCGUCAACUCCGAAUACGCUGUUCCAGAUGUUCCUCACAGUUACCACCACUACUACUCCAACCCCAGCUACCACACACUGAGCCAGAACAGGCCUCCACUGCCGCACCUCCCCAACAACCACGACCGCACGAUCAAGAAUACCAAUAAUCAGCUGUUCUGCAGUGUGAAAAACAUGGAGAGGGAGAGGCGAGGUCUGUUUGGGGUUGAGAGCAACGCUACUCUGCCUGCAGACUGGAAACACCACGAGCCGCGCAAAGAUUCAGGGGCUUUUGGAAUCGAUCGGAGCUACAGCUACAGUGCCAGCCUUGGAAAAUAUUACAGCAAAGAGCUGAAGGACACGGUGGCGGUGAGCAGCAGCUCUCUGAACAGCGAGAAUCCUUACGCUACCAUCAAAGACCUGCCAGGUCUGCCCUUCUGCCCCCCGGAGAGCAGCUACAUGGAGAUGAAGUCGGCCGUACCCAGAGAGCGAGCGUACACCGAGAUCAGCCCUCCGCCGUUCAACACGGCCACCUUACACAGAGAACGUCAGAGCUCCCUCGGUCACGCCCCGCAUGAGGACCCGCAGAGCCACUACGACCUCCCUGUGAACAGCCACAUCCCGGGACACUAUGACCUGCCACCAGUCCGCCGCCCCCCAUCCCCUUCCCCGAGGAGAACACCUCAGUGACACUCAAAGCAGCACAGCAAGUUUCCCUCCUCCUCACUUUGGGGAUGAUUUCUGGCCUGUGCUUGCAAAGAAAGAGCAAACUUAACGCUCUUCUCUGACAAUCAGAGCUGUAGACCACCCACAGAGCUGCAGCGAGGCCCCUGUCCCACUGAGGAACUAUUGUUUACUGUGGAUGGCCCCCUUUCAACUCAAUACUGCCCUUCUGUGGGCUAAAGAGGUACUCGCUUCACCGUGACAGACUUGUCAUCCAGAAUGGGGAGCCAGCAGGCUGUGGUGAGGAAGGCUGGACUGUGGCGACGCCAUUGGGGCUUGAGCUGCAUUCACCUCCCAUGGGAAAAAAUACACCAAAAGAUUUUGAAUGGUUAAAAGCAGAAACAUGGGAAUGUUUAUGUGUUUGAACUCAUCUAAACAUGCUGUAAUUGAAGUUUUCCACUCAUUUUGCUUUCUACUGAUCAGGCCCCUUUCAUCAGAAAUCAAAUUUUCUCCUGUCUUUGUCAUUAGAGAUGACAAAUGUUGUUUGACUUUUAAGUUUUUAUUUUGUUUUUUUGUUAAAUUUAAGUUUACUGAAUCUACAAAAUUCUAACGUUUAUAACAGGCAGCUUUGGAUGAACUCAUCACAGCUGGACUUUGUUUUGAUCUGCUCCUCGUAAAACCCUGUUAACCUCAAAAAAGAAAAGGACUUGGUCCCUUUUAAAGACGUCUUAUGAUGCAUGAGUUCAUGACUUACACCAAACUGAAGAUCAAACUGAAAAAUCCUGCCAGUGUUUGAGUCUUGUCACAGACUAGUAACCAAAAUCUUUAUGGCUGAUAUCCAGGAGUCUGGAGGAAUCUAGAGAAGCCUCCUUUACCAAAGCACAUUUAUUUACAAACCCAAAGCCAAGAUGAACAGCAUUUUUUUCAAUUAUCCAUAUCACAGUUUUUUUUUUUUUUGGGGGGGGUUCCCAAAUGUGGCAUUUAGAGACACAAGUAUACAUGUGUGGCUCACUCAUUGCUGCUGUCAGAUGAAAACUUUGUAAAUAUAGAAAUGUAUUUUUAGCCUCACAGUAAUGUAGAACAACAGCCCUAUUUUAAGGUGAACAUGUUGUUAAGGGGUUUGUGUGUCUAAAGAUCAUGUACAUUAAUAGAUACCAAAAGGUCUGUGAGCACAGACACUGUUUAUAAUAAACCAUCUUCAAUCUGCAAAGUACAUGCCAGGUCAAAGCAGCAUAAUGAAUGUUAAUACAGAGUUCUACAGCAGCAUCAAUACUAUGAGCACCACAAAUGAAAUUCUAUUCACCUGGAAACCUGUGUAAAAACUCAUACAAAAUAAAACCAAAACUAUCUGAAUGACUAGAUACUGCUAAACAUGAAAAAUAUAUUUUUGUAACAUGACUGAAUUGACUGUUUAAUCAGCCAAUUAGUUAUUUUACCAAAACUGAAUGUAAAACAGUAAAUCAUUUUUAUUAGCUUCAAAAUGUUUUAAAACAUUCUGGGGAAGAAAUCAGCAGGCCUGUUUGUAUGUUUGUCACCAUCUCUAAAUUCUUUUUUGACAACCAAUCUGUUGUGUUGCCUCUAAGUUAUUUUAGAAAUGAUGAUGAAUUGUUUUUGUUUUCUUUCUUCUGUCAAUAGUGAACCAAAGGUUCAUUAUCCUGCCACUUACAUAACAGGAUCCCUGUGUAUCAGCAAGAAUGUACAUUGUGCUUUAAACGCUACAGCUUUGGGUAGAGCUUCAGUUUUUUUUUUUUGUUUUUUUUUUUUAAAACAACAUAUGACCAUAUAUUUUUGAAUGUAACCAUGGGAACGUGUAUAUAAUGUAAAUAAAAAUGGCUGCACUUUUGAUCAGUGCUUUUGAAUGACAGUGUACUAAAUCAAGGAAAUAAUCACAGCAACCAAACACUGAAAAAAAAAGGGUUUUACUCAGCAUUAUUUGUUAGAAAAAAAAAGACAUUCAUUACAUCAACUGAAUGUAAUGUCCAUAAUGUUAAUAGCAUCAUUGUGAUAGAUAUGACACAAAUCCCACUUCAAGCUAAUCACAACUUUGGCAUUAAAGACUUGCAACAACAAAUCCCUUUUGGUAACAUUUUAAAUCCUCAAGUCCUUCAAAGUGUUUUAGUCACAUACAACACAUCUGUGGUUUGAAUCUGCGUUUCUAAGUGUCCUGGAUUGUCAUGAACGUGAACUAACAUUGCAUAUAAAUGUUAAAGAGUUAUUAAUGUUUUUCUGUCAAACAGGCCUCUGAAGAACACUGAAGGGAUCACUGAAUUAAUAGUUGUGCACACAGUACACAAAUACAUCCACUAAUCAUGUCUCGUAACAUGUACAUUUACAUGUACAUAUGAGAUAAAUACUAUGUCUGUGUCAACUGUAAAUCUGUGUCAAAGAGGCCAAAUACUUAACAUCAACAUCAGCUCUCUAACGAUUGUCAUGGACCUUUUAAGGCACUUUGGGGAUCAUACUGUCAAAAUAAGACAUCUAAUUAAAGCAAAAAAAAAAAAAAAAUCUAAUACGGCAGAGAUACCAUCGAGCAAGUAAAACAAAAAAUACCAAAAACAGCAAUCAAGUAUUUU